GGUUUUCAGACUUUGCUGACCGCCAGGUGCCUCUUUUUCUCCCUGGCCUUUCGUUUCUCGCGGUCAGAGGGUUGUGGGUUCGGCCGGUUGCGCCACGUCUCGGCGUGGCUGAAGACGUGCCAACUGAUCGCCCGCAUCGCGAGGUACCUCCGGCCAAGGCCUUUGGCGCGAGAUCGGCACGAAUCCACGAGCUCCGCCGGCGGGAUGGUGGGCACCGCUGGUUUCCUUUUGGUCUUUGGUUUCCCUUGAAACGAAUCAAAAGGCUAGACUCCUAGACCUUUGGAUGUGGCGGGGUGGGUCUUUUCGCACCUUUCGCGGGGUGGGUCCUAGCGGGCUCAAGUCUUUUUCCCUGGUUUGCUGCCAUGGCUGGUUGGGACAGGUAUGGCGAGGAGAAGAAGUACAGAAAAGAUGUGGCUAUGAAUGACAAUCCAAAGCACGUAGGUGAGCCUUUGAGAAAACUGACCUUAGAAGAUAGGUUGGAACUGCGGCGCCAGACGCGAGAGCGCGAGAAGAAGAGGGCAGUGCUCGCCGCCGAGAUCGACGAGGAGGGCGAAGGGGAUGAGCCCGUUUUGGCGAAGUGUGCCAAGGUUAGUGAUAGCAAGGAGGCGGACCUCGACAUCGUUGUGCCGCCCACCAAGUCCAAGGCCAAGGAAGUGGUCGACCUCGCCGAGGAGGACGGAAAGCGCGCCGCCGCCAUCCGAAGACGGCGGCGGGCCAUGAAGGCGAAAAAGGCCACGCCCGAAGCGCACCCGGAGGUGGAGGUCCUGGAGUAGUGCCUCGGCCUCGGCUCAUCGCGAGCUGAGAGGAAAGCGCGAGCGAAGCGUUUAGCUUUGCUUGGGGCCAAGAGGGCGAAGAGGGCAUCUAGAAACCAGCUGUUAACUGGACAGCUGAGUAGGGCUGAGAAAUUAUGGCUUUCACCCAAGCACAAGAAGCUCGGCACGAGCUUGGCAAGAGAAAAAUCAGAAA